AUGGCUUCAGUUUCCCACUAUUUCUUGCUAGUUCUGGCCUUUCUGGAUUUACAUGCAACUUGGCCACCCUGUCUGCCAGGAUGUACCUGCUUAGAGGAGAAUUUUGGCAGGUGACUCUGCAGUGUAUCUCUCUCUUUGAGAAAGAUCCCAGGGAAACUUCCUGAAGAGUUCAAGCAAGUGAGAAUUGAACAUUCAUCCUUACUUGAACUGCCCUGAGGGUCUUUUGUCAACAUGAGCACAGUGGAAUACCUUUGGCUCAAUUUUAAUGAUGCCACUGUGAUCCACCUAGGAGCCUUGGAACACUUGUCAGAACUAAAAGAGCUAAGACUGGAAGGGAACAAACUUCGUUCAGUACUGUGGACACUGUUCCAUGCCACCCCUCUUUUGAGAGUCUUGGAUCUCAAACACAAUAGGAUUGAUGUACUCCCUGAGCUGGUUCUUCAGUUCUUGGUCGAUUUGACCUACCUUGAUCUAUCUUCCAAUAGGCUUACAGUUGUAUCCAAGAGUGUCUUCUUGAAUCGGCCAGCUUACCAGAAACACCAGCAACCUGACUAUGGGGCCAAGAUUCUCUCUAGCAUGGUGCUGACAUUGCACAAUAAUCCUUGGCUAUGUGACUGUCACCUAAGGGGACUCUUCCAGUUUGUAAAAUCCACCAGCCUCCCAGUUAUCCUGAUGAAUCCCUGUCUGAUGUGCUGAGGCCCUCUCUCCAAGGCAGGGCAGUUUUUUCAUGAAACUGAGCUCAGUGCUUGCGUGAAGCCCCAGAUCUCAACCCCCAGUGCCUAUGUCACCAUUCGCACAGGCCAGAAUGUAACCCUGAAAUGCUUGGCACAGGCCAGCCCUUCACCAACCAUUAUGUGGAUGUAUCCCCUGAGCAUGUGGAGGGAAUUUGAUGGGUUGUUGAGAGGCAAACACCUGACACCAAUGUUGACCUCAUCCACCACAAAAGAUGCUGUUCUGUCAGAGCUGGUCAUACCUGCGGCCCACUUAUUAGACAAGGGCAAUUACACGUGUGUGGCUUCUAAUUCCAUCAGCAGGAGCACUGUUGUCAACUCCCUCAAUGUCCAGCCUCUCCUGGUUCUGCCUGCAUUGCAUUCUCUUUCCAUUCCCUCACAGGAUAAAGUCUACAUCAACCUGCGGGUCAUCAAGCAGACCAUGGGUGGAGUCCUGCUGGAGUGGUUUACAGUGGGAAAUACCUCUGAAGAGAAGUGGACCAUCCUCUAUGUUGCCUCAGAUGUAUCCCUCAGGAAAGAGGUGGUUUACAUCGGGCCUGGAAUCAACACAUAUAUUAUGAAUGACCUCCUCCCAGGCACAAAAUACAAGGCAUGUGUCAGCCUGGAAGACCAGCCACUACACCAGGGCCAGUGUGUGGUCUUUGUGACAGGCCAGGACCACAGUGGGUUGGACGAACGGGAGCACUUCCUGCACAUCACGGUGGUCCUGUGUGCAGUACUGCUGGCUGUGCCUAUUGGCACCUAUGUCUGGGCAGCCCAGGUCCCCUGCAGCUGCAGGAAGUGGGGCUUUCUCUAUUGUCCUCAUCAUAGGAAAGCCCCCAGAGAGCCGGGUGCCAUUAGCACCGAGCAACAGAGUAUUGGCUGCAACCCAGGGUUCAGGCUCCAGAAAAUGUUGGAAUGGAAGCUCAUGAGGAAUGGAGGGAUCUCCAUGAACCCCAGAGACAGCUCACCAUCCCUUUGUGAAGUCAAGCUGGUGAAGACCAGAAUUUAA